CUUCCUAAUGAGAACAGGACUGAUUAGGAAAAUCUAUGAAAAAUCUGACAUGAGUUAACUAACUCCAGAAGAUGGCAGUAGUGGAAAAUUAGGGAUGUAAGCUGCCCUUAAAACCCCAAAAAGAAGAAGAAGAAGAAAAACACAACCCGAGCUUAACUGAAGAGUUUUAGCUUACAAGAUAUACUUCGCUAACCUCUUUUAUCACUAUUUGACAUGACAGCAAGUUCAUUUUUAUGGUUUUCUUAAUUACUUUCUCUCUACGAGUUUCAAGGAGAAUCUGCCGUUAUACUGUCGGCUUUUUAGUUCACAAAAUUACAACAAGCUGCUGUCUGCUAGCAAGCAAGCUGUUAGUUGCUGAGCCACAACAAAGAGACUGCAGCCGCACACUGCUGGCAGUGGUGCUAAAAGGGUUGUUUAAUUUAAACUGAACAGAUUACAUUAAUCAGGCUGACAUGACAGGGGUCGCCUCUACAGAGAAGGCUGCAAGCACCAAGAAGAAGAGCGAAAGGAAGUGUGCUACCAAAGAGGAGUUCAGACAGCUGUCUAGCAUCAUGGGAGUCAUGAACAACCUGAGGAAACAGGGUACUCUCUGUGAUGUGACCCUUGUGGUUCAGGGGAAACACUUUCCUGCCCACAGAGUAGUGUUGGCUGCAGCGAGCCACUUCUUCAGCCUCAUGUUCACCACCAGAAUGAUGGAGUCGAUGUCCCACGAGGUGGAGCUCAGGAGUGCUGAGCCUGAGAUCAUUGAGCUGUUGAUUGAAUUCAUAUACACAGCUCGGAUCUCGGUGAACAGCAGUAACGUCCAGUCGUUGCUGGAUGCAGCCAACCAGUACCAGAUUGAGCCUGUGAAGAAGAUGUGUGUGGAGUUCCUCAAAGGACAAAUUGAUGCAACAAACUGCCUUGGUAUUUCCUCCCUGGCAGACUGUAUGGACUGUCCUGAGCUGAAGGCAGCAGCAGAGGACUUCUUCGAGCUCCACUUCACUGAAGUCUACAAACUGGACGAGUUCCUGCAGCUGGACGUUAAACAGCUCACACACCUUCUACACCAGGACAAACUCACUGUCCGUGCCGAGGCCCAGAUUUACGACGCAGCAGUGCGCUGGCUGAAGUACGAUGUGUGUAACAGACAGCGGUACAUGGUGGAGGUGUUGGGGUGCGUUCGCUUUCCUCUGGUCUCUAAAACCUUCCUCUCCAAGACGGUGCAAGCUGAGCCCCUCAUCCAGGACAACCCACAGUGCCUCAAGAUGGUCAUCAGUGGGAUGCGCUACCACCUGCUGUCCCUGGAGGAUCGGGAGGAUCUGGGAGAGAGCAGCCGACCGCGACGCAAGAAGCACGACUAUCGCAUCGCUCUGUUUGGAGGCUCCCAGCCUCAGUCCUGCCGCUACUUUAACCCCAAGGACUCUACCUGGACAGACAUCCGCUGCCCCUUCGAGAAGCGCCGGGAUGCCACAGCCAUCUUCUGGGACAAUGUGGUCUACAUCCUGGGUGGCUCACAGCUCUUCCCCAUUAAGCGCAUGGACUGCUACAACGUCCUAAAGGACAGCUGGUACUCCAAGCUGGGUCCACCCACGCCCCGCGACAGCCUGGCUGCCUGCGCCGCCCAGGGCAAGAUCUACACAUCUGGGGGGUCGGAAGUGGGCAGCUCUGCCCUCGACCUUUUCGAAUGCUACGACACAAGAACCGAGUCUUGGCAGGUGAAAACCAGCAUGCUGUUGGCUCGCUGCAGCCACGGCUCAGUGGAGGCCAACGGGCUCAUAUAUGUCUGUGGAGGCACGGUGGGCAACAAUGUGUCUGGCAGGGUCCUCAACAACUGUGAGGUUUACGACCCCAACACUCAACAAUGGAGGGAGUUGUGUGGGAUGAGAGAGGCUAGGAAGAACCAUGGGCUGGUGGUGGUCAACAACAGGAUCUAUGCUGUUGGAGGGCAGGGAGCAAUUGGUGGACUGGACUCUGUGGAGUACUACGACAUUGCCAGUAAUGAGUGGCGUGCUGCUUUGGCGAUGCCGUGGCGAGGUGUAACGGUGAAGUGUGCAGCAGUCGGUGAGGUCAUCUAUGUGCUGGCAGGGUUUCAAGGUGUGGGACGGCUCGGACACGUCCUGGAGUACCACACUGAUACUGACAGGUGGGUGACUUGCAGCAAGGUGCGAGCGUUUCCUGUCACCAGCUGUCUGAUCUGCGUGGUCGACACGUGUGGAGUCAACGAAGACGAAGACAUGGACCUCAUAGACUCUCAGUCACAACUUGCAGCCACUGCCUCUUCAUCUGCCUCAACCUCUUCAUCCUCAUAGGACAAGGGGAAGAUUCAGUGUAUAUCAAGUUAUGACGUUUGAUGACACUUGUAACAGCUGCUGCGUUAGGCCUCCAGUCUAUCCAUGGAGCUAUUUCACAUAAGGCAAGGCCUGACUGCUCGUACUAAUGUGGAUAUUCACGUGUAUUUUUUAUUUUGUUUUCUUUAAACUAUGUCCAGUAGCCACAUUUCUAUUUUUAAUUUUUAGCUGUGCCAAAAGUGUAGGUCCUAUGUUAAAGUGCUAGUGGGUUACUAUCCCACAAAUGUAUUGUUUACGGGGACAAGGAGACUUUUAAUUUUAAAAGGUUCUUAGGUUAGAUACAUAAGACUGGUUAGAAAAAAAAAAAACGUUGUAAUGUUUGUCGCUUGUGAAUUACUUACAAAGUGUAUACUGCAUUAAUGAAUAGUUUAAUCUUGGUUGUGUUGUGUACAUAUUUAAAAGUGCUUUGGUAAUGCACUGUAACUUAAAACUGAUGUUGAGUAAAAACUAGCUUGUGUCGA